CCCAACCUCCACCCCAACCUCCACCCCUACCUCCACCCCAACCUCCACCCCAACCUCCACCCCAACCUCCACCCCAACCUCCACCCCAACCUCCACCCCUACCUCCACCCCAACCUCCACCCCAACCUCCACCCCAACCUCCACCCCUACCUCCACCCCAACCUCCACCCCUACCUCCACCCCUACCUCCACCCCAACCUCCACCCCGAGCAGAGAUCUAGUCCAGCCCAGGUUAAAAGCCUCCACGAAGAAAGAAAAGGGCAUCCUGAAGGGUACAGGAGAUAAGAAGACACAGCAAGAAGCCAACACACAAACAGAGUCUGGCUAUGUUACCGUCAAAGAAUCUGAAGUUAUUCAGCUGGAUGUUUACUUGCAGGAGGCUCUAUGCAGAGAGGAGGGCCUGAAGAAGAAGUUGGCUGUUCUCCAGAAGCGUGGCUCCACCCUGCUGCGAUACUCUGACAACCUAUGGGCUACAGGCUGCAACGAAGACCUCCUAAAGAACAAGAUCAGAGCCUUGGAAACACAGCUGCAAGUCUGUCUGCAGAAACAGAAGCUCCCCUUGGAUGGAGUGAAGAAGCUCGUGCUACAGAUGGAGAACCAGAAGGGAGCGUAUGAGGAGAAAGCCUUGGAGGUCAUCCAGAGGGCUACAGAGGAGAAAAGGGAAGCUCUCAGUCAGGCCGAGACACUCGAGAUGUUGCUGCAGGCAGCCAGGGUGGAAGCAGCGCAGUGGCAGGGUCUGUGUGAGGAAAUGAAGGAGAGCUCAGAACAGCUGAAGAAGAAACAGGAGAUCAGCUCUGAACAGGUUCUACAACUGCAGAACCAACUGGAGCUGGCCAGGGGUCAAGAGGCGGGGCUGAGGGAGGAGCUGGGGGCAGUACAGCGAGUGGAGGAGGAGUUACAGUCCAACAUUGUUCUGCUGGAAGAACAGAACCAGAACCUGAAGGACCAGAUCCAUGAGAUGAGAGAGGCCAGAGCUGACACUCAGGAGGUGUCCCUGGAUGAAUCCUUGGCCCAGUUGGAUGUGUCUCUGGAGCAGUCGGAGGAGGAGGAGACCCUGGCCCAGUUGGAUGUGUCUCUGGAGCAGUCGGAGGAGGAGGAGGAGGAGACCCUGGCCCAGCUGGAGCGGACCCUGGCCCAGUUGGAUGUGUCUCUGGAGCAGUCGUCGGAGGAGGAGACCCUGGCCCAGCUGGAUGUGUCGCUGGAGCAGUCGGAGGAGGAUGAGACCUUGGCCCAGCUGGAUGUGUCUCUGGAGCAGUCGGAGGAGGAGGAGACCCUGGCCCAGCUGGAGCGGACCCUGGCCCAGUUGGAUGUGUCUCUGGAGCAGUCUGAGGAGGAGGAGCUGAUUGUAUCGUCACAGCAGAAGCAGCUAUUAUGGGGAGAUGGAGAUCAGGUUCUGGAGCAGCUCCGUCACGCUCUGGACCGAUUACAGCUGAAGGAGAGGGAGUGUGAGGAGCUGCAGAACGAUCUGGAAGCCGUGGAGGCAGAGUGCCAGUCGUGCCAGGUCCGUCUGACGCAGUGCAGAGACGAACUCCGACAGCUCAGCCACCGACGCAGCAGUAGGGUGUACAGCAAGCCCUGUGUCUCGUGGAUAUGGCUCUGUGUUCUACUACCACUGCUCCUGUCCAUGGUGGCGGUGGCCAUCUUGUGGGCGUGGCAUCCUCCCUUCAAGGACCAAGUCCAGGACCUGUACUCAGCUGUAGAGGAACACAUAGAGGACUAUCUAAUGCAGGCCGCCUCUCCACAACACGUUGGCUGCAUCAGGCCUGUCUGACCACAGCACUAGCUUGAGUCCCACAUCAGUUUGGGCUCUCUUGCCAACUCUAAGACAUUGGACUUGACAAGACAGUACAAAGAGAUCUGGGACUCAGGCUACCACAGCUCAGGUUUAUGAUUUAUAGUUUGAUUGAGUUUGUUUUGUGUAUAUUAGGAAUUUUUGUUAAGGUAUUAUUAAUUUAUUUUUUCAACAAAAAAAUGUAGUUUGAUUGACUUUAACAUGAAUGUUGACAAUGUUACACAAGACACAAACUUUGGGAUACAAAUAACAAUUUACUGCCUAUCAGUGGAGGCUGCUGAGAGGAGGACGGUUCAUAGUAAAGUCUGGAAUGGAGUCAAUGGAAUGGAAUCAACCCACAUGGAAACCACAUGUUUGAUUCCAUUCCAUUGACUCCAUUCCAGCCUUUACGAUGAACCGUCCUCCUCUCAGCAGCCACCAAUGCUGCAUUUUGCAUCAUUAUGUAAAGAUUGUUCAAUAUCUGCGUUUGAAAUGAUUAUAUUUGACUAAUGCACCUCAUAUUUUAGUUGGACACAAAAAAAAUCGUGCAGAUCAUGAAAAUCGUUAGAUGAGUAUCACAAUAAGUAUUCUGUUUUGUGUCAUUUUGUUUGAGAAACAGAGACCGGGAUUCAAUCUGAUCAGCUGUAGAUCAGCGUUGCAGCGCGUUUGACAUUUAAAGGUCACUCCCGAGGUGACAUAUGCAGAGUUUACCGUGAAUGCAGUCUCCGUGAGUGUGGAAACAUUGCCUUUAAAAGGUGCAAGGCACGAUCGGAUCAGAACUCGGCCAUAAUGUUAAUGAUUGUGUUUACAUUAUUGUCACAAGUGCUGUCCAUUUUUGUGGAGUUUGUGGAAAUCGACUGUAAUAAAAUGACUGUAGAAGG